AUAUAUAUUUAAAGAUUAACCUUUAUUUCAGUGUGCAUCUGUUUCAAAAUGAUAACGUCAGUGAUUUCUAUAGCUUUAUUUAUCGGCUGCGUUAAUUCAGUUCAAGUGACAAUUGAAGAAGGUAUUGUAGAAGGUGUUGAGGUUAACAAUCAUUAUGGAAGUCCAUACCACAGCUUCAGAGGGAUACCUUACGCUGAACCCCCUCUUGGAGACUUACGAUUCAAGGCCCCUCAACCUUUCAAACCAUGGACUGGUGUGAGGCAAGCUAAGGAGUAUGGAUCUGUUUGCUUUCACUAUAAUUUGUUCAUCGUACCAUAUCCUCCUCCUACGGGCAGUGAAGAUUGUCUCUUUAUUAAUAUUCACUCGCCAAAUGUUACAUCACCAGAACUAUAUCCAGUUAUGGUAUGGAUCCAUGGAGGAGGUUUCGUCAGUGGUAGCGGCGAUGAAUAUGAGCCCGAUUUUUUAAUAAGAAAGGGAGUGAUUUUAGUCACUUUUAAUUACCGACUAGAAGUUUUAGGCUUUCUCAGCCUUGGAACAGAAGACGCUCCUGGAAACGCAGGAAUGAAAGACCAGGUUCUAGCUAUGCGUUGGGUUAAGAAAAAUAUCAGAAAGUUUGGAGGAGAUCCUGACAAUAUCACUAUAUUUGGAGAAAGUGCAGGUGGUGCAAGUGUUUCAUACCACCUGAUCUCACCGAUGACAAAAGGUCUUUUUAAACGAGCAAUAACACAAAGCGGAACUGCUAACAGUUGGUGGCCAAAUACAUACAGAGCAAGAGAAAGAGGUAUUCAACUCGCGCGAGAAAUGGGUAGCAAUGCAACGGAUAUUAAAGAUGUGUAUGAGUUUUUAAAAAUACAACCUGUUGAGGCUUUUGUCAAAAGUAGAAUAGUCGUCACAUACACACAGGCUACCAAAGAAUCACCAAACGUUUAUUUCGGUAUUGUAUCAGAGGAAAAUAUUGCCGGUAAUGAAGUUUUCUUCCAAGGUGACGUGUACGAUACAAUGCGAAAUGGAAUCCAUGAAGGUGUUGACGUUAUAAAUGGAUAUACAGAAGACGAAGGCACACUCUACAUAGCGACAGGAACAAAUAUACCUAGAAUAUUCGAGCAGGCUAAUCAGUUCUAUGAGUUUUUUGUACCCGAACCACUUACAUUACACGUCCCUGUCGUUGAACAAACAAAAAUCGGUAAAGAUAUGAAAGAUAAAUAUAUGAAAGGUGCUAUAGUUUCAAGGGAAAAUGUUGACGACCUUCUGAAAUAUUUCGCAUUUGAGAAUUUUGUUUACGGUGCUCUCUCUUGGCAGAAAUUUGUAGCUAAAAAUAAUAAUAACAAUAAAAUAUACUUGUAUAAAUUUACAUGUAAAACAGAGAUGAAUUUAGCUAUCAAUGCAUCUGCUGAGGCUGCAGCAUUGUUCCCUCAUAGAAUAUUAGUCGGACAUGCAGAUGAUCUCCCUUACUUCUUCCCCUUUGGAAAAGAUUUGGUAGAUAUGAAUUCUGAAACAUUUCAGAUCAUUGACAGGGCGACAACGCUUUGGACAAAUUUUGCUAAACACGGAAAUCCUACUCCGGACAACAGCCUAGGAAUAACCUGGUCCCCUUAUACCCUAGAAUCCGAAGAUUACUUAGAUCUAGGCAACGUUUUAGCCGUUGGAAAAACACCAGAACAAGAAGAGUUGAAGUAUUGGGAAGAUUUGUUUAAUGAGUACUAUCCCCAUGUGGUGCCAUUAAAUAAUGCUCAUCACUUGAUGUCCUCAAGGUUUAAAGUUUACGCAUUCAGUGUUAUAAUCGGCUUAUAUUCAACUAUAUAUUUAUUUUAAAAAAACUAAUCCAGAACUACAACACGAUUAUUUUACAAUGUCAAUCAAUUUUAAAAACAAUUUCAGUAUAUUUUUUGUAAGUAUAGAACCUACACAAUUGUUAUUAUUAAUUUCUUGGCAUUAAAAAUUUUAAUUAAACAUUCAUUAUUUUAAGAUCACACAACACUUUUCUAGACAAAAGGGCUCCCGCAACCUGUCUCUCAGGGGUGCCAUGCUUGUAAACACGUAAACAAACAUAAAAUUUAUCUCAAGUUCAAAAUAUUAUAUUGGGAUUAAAACACUUCUAGGAUUAUACAGGUAAUAACAUAUUAUUUACAAGCAUGCUACAAUUUGUAACAUGAAUAUAAUUUUGCUAUAUUUUAUAAAUGUAAAAAAUUUUACCGAAAAAAUUGCUACCAAAGAGAUUAGAGAUGUUUUUGUUAGACUUAAUGUGGUUUUCACACUUCUACACUAUACUAUACGUAUAAGUCAUAAUAAUUCUAGGGAUAGAUAAUAAACAUUGCUUUAAUCUUUAUUACGCACGCGAGAUAUAUCAAAAUAUUUUUCCUUAUAGCCUAAUUCAUACAUAUAGAAGAUAACAAUGUAUGAAAUUCAUAUUUGUGUGACUUGUGAGAAUUUCAAUUCUAGCUAACGCAUAAGAUUUAAACUUUAAAUAAUACUAAUUUAACGACAAUCUUUUUUUAAAGAUUAACAAAAAAAGGCGUAAGAUGAUAAAAAAUUGUAGAUUCCAAUAUGGACCAAGAUAAGGUAAAACUUACCUAAAUUAUUAAAAAAUACACAGAGAUGGCUACAGGUUAAGGUAAUGGUAACACAAUAUAUUUCACCUAACUUAGUUCAUGGCCUUUUCUCGGUGCUGAAUUUCACCAUA